AUUCUACGCUCAAGUCGAAGCAGCUGCUUGAUUUUUUUGGACAACUAGAUUUCCUCAAGAAUAUGGCGCCACCAACCGAAGAAGAAUGCCAAGCUGAACUCCGUGAUGCUGGAAUGACUGAAGCCAGCAUUGAUGGGCUCACUGCUCUAACUCAAAAGUUCAAAGAAGAAUUCCCAAUUGCUCAGGCAAGUGCUGAUGGACCGGAUCAGUUCAUCAAGGAGUACUCUGCAGAGGCAGAAGCCUUCAAAAGCUCAAUGCCAUCCGACGAUCAAGAAAUCUACAAAAAGUAUUUGAAGAAACACGGACUUGAAGAAUGAGUAUGCUGCUAAUUUGUGAAAAGAUGUCGGAAAGUGUGCCAAUGGAUCUCUUGUGAUAACUAUGUGAAUCUCAAUAAAAAAAGUUAUGCAUU